AUGCAUGACGUGCAAUCCUUUGCGAAACUUUACCAAGAAAAGGAGCGCAAACGACAGAAACGUCAACGCCAGCUUGAGGAGCAGCAAAAACAACAGCAAACAUCAACGACCUUGUCAACAGAGUUCGCAACACCACUCGAGCAAGAUGUUGGCGCUCUCACUUUCACAGAGACUCAGGCUUCAGGCUUCACAUCAGGUGGUCUUGCUAACUCUUUUGCUGGUAUUGACGACUUCGGAUUCGACUUUAUUGAGGCCUGCAACACAGCUGAGUUAUAUAACAACGAUGCUCUGGGUGACAUUGCACACACGACCGAGCCUUUUGCUCCGAUCUCCAAGAUUGGUCGUGUUACAGCGGAAAGUAUGAAACCCAGCUUGCCAGAUGAGAUCAAGUCUCCGGUAUCCUGGUCAACUUGCACCCCUGAACUAGCCCAGCCUCCGACAGAACCGAAUUCGCAAGAAGUGGCAAUUGCCUCUUCACGAAGCGAACAGCCCCUGGCUCUUGACCUGGUCAGACGUUCAACCGAGCAACUGACAAGUUGUCUUAGCGACAUGAACGCAUAUAUUGCUGGAUCAAAAGAGAGGAGCAAGACCAGCGACACCAGGGAAAGUUGUGAUAAUAACAGCUCAGCCAAAGAUGGUCACGCCAGCUCUUACGAUAACAACACCGAGAGUGAGAGCUGUCCUCAGCAGUUAGCGGUUUCAGAACUCAACCUUACGAGUCCAGAUUCAUCGGGGAUCACUACAUCACAUAUCCUCACCAGAAGCACCUCCGUGGCGCCCGACUCCAUGGCGGGUCCGUCAUGCACACCAAGCCCUGUUACCAGUCUCUCCGUCAACGCUGCUGCCACUUCCAUGGAUAUGGUGGAAAAGCCUCAAACAGACGUUUUCGCGCUUCCUACUCCAUCCUCGGAUCACACCGCCAUCUCACAGCAAGGUGGUGAUACCAUCACCAGCCGGAGGAAACGAGACCAUAUGAGUCAAUAUACAGAGUAUGAGAUUAAUCAGGCUCUUAAUGCGAUCUCUAAUGGGCUUAGCGUGCGAAAAGCUGCAUUGCAGUAUGGGGUCCCAAAGUCUACUCUUUAUGAUCGUAUCCAAGGCACCCAAUCAAGAGAUAUUGCCUUCUCAGAUCUACAGAGGCUCUCUCCAACCCAAGAAAGCCAUUUGGCUGAAUGGAUUCGAAUCCAGGCUGCCCUAGGCCUACCACCAACCCAUCAACAACUCAAGGAAUUCGCUGAGCGUAUCCUACAGAUCCAUGGAGACGCCAAGCCUCUAGGGAAGAACUGGGUUCAGGCUUUUAUCAAGAGAAACCCAUCUGUAAGGGUCCAGAGAAGCAGAGCAAUUGAUUCCCAGCGCAUCAACGGAGCCUCAACUAAUGUCAUCAGGCAAUGGUUCAAGCACCUCGCCAUCCCUGAGAUCAUAGCCAUUAAAGCCUCCAAUCGAUACAAUAUGGAUGAGUCUGGUAUUCUGGAAGGCAGAGGAUCAAAUGGGCUUGUUCUUGGAUCAUCAGAAACUCGUUCUAUCCGCAAGAAACAGCCUGGAUCGCGUGCUUGGACAUCUCUGAUUGAGUGUAUCUCUGCAACUGGCAAGGCACUGCCUCCACUUGUUAUAUAUAAGGGCAAGAGUGUCCAGCAGCAGUGGUUUCCUCUAGAUCUGACGCCAUACGAAUCCUGGAAGUUCACAGCAACAGGAAACGGGUGGACUUCAGACUCUACAGCUGUUAAGUGGUUGACAGAGGUCUUUAUACCUUCUACCCAGCCAGCAGACCCCUCAGAGGUCAGAUUGUUGAUCUUGGAUGGUCAUGGAAGCCAUGAGACUACUGCUUUCAUGUAUACAUGCUUCAGAAACAAGAUACACUUGCUGUUCUUGCCAGCACACACGUCACACGUCCUUCAGCCACUUGAUCAGUCGGUUUUUGGGCCCCUCAAGGCAGCAUACAAGAAGGAGCUUGGAUUACUUGCUGAAUGGGAUGCUGGUACAGUUGUGGGCAAGAGAAAUUUCGUUGUAUGCUAUGGCAAGGCGCGUAAGGCAGCCCUGACAAGCAAGAAUAUCAUCAGUGGCUGGAAAUGGACUGGUUUGUGGCCUAUCAGUAUGGCUAGACCCCUCAUGAGCCCUCUGCUGCUUGAGAACACUUCAACCCCUGCCAAACCAGCUGGUCAGGUCUGCAAAGGGCUCUCUGAUGGCAAAGCAAGCGAAAAAUGGGCGGCAGAUACAUCAGCAGUCCCUUGGUCAACCCCCAAGAAGAGGGAUGAGCUUCAGGAUCAGUUCAGCCUGUUCAGCAAGCUGGAUAACGAUGAGCAUACGCAACGCCUGCUUUUCCGGAAGGUUCAGAAGGGCUUUGAUGAGAAGGCAUACCAACUGGCAGUAGCCCAGCGAAAGAUUGAGGCACUACAAGCAGAGGUUGAUGCCAGUAGGGCCAGGAAACGCAAGAAGGUCAAAAUGAGCCCAAAUUCGAAGUUUGCUGAUAUUGAGGCUAUUCGGAGGGCUCAAAUCGAGGCGGGAGAACUUGUAAAUAGUAUAAAUGAAUCCAGCGAGUCUGAAAACCCUAGUGAUAGCGAAAGUUGUAUUGUAGUUGCAUCAGAAUAG